UCCAGCACGAACUCAACUGUUGUCAGUUGUUCCGAAGAAAGGAGUUGAGUUUCCUGUUUUGCCUUCUAACUCCUGCGAGACUUUAGGCUGGACCAGUUGUGCUCUGUCAUCAUUGCAAUUGGGAAAGACGACAUUGGUUGUUGAAGAAGAAAAUGGGUGCUUCCGGAUGUUUGAAAGUGUCGUUGAUGGUGAUCAACUUCCUCGUCGUGGUGUUGGGUAUCGGAUUGUUGGGUAGCGGAGUCUAUCUUCAGCUCUCACAAACAACGGUUGGACCCUACUUGGCCAUAGCCAAUGUCAAUCACACUACAUUUGCAAUCGUCCUGCUCGUUGAUGGCUUCCUCUGCAUGGCCAUCGGCUUGUCGGGCUGCAUUGGUGCUAAGAACGAGCACCGCGGAUGUCUGAUAUUUUAUGCUUCCCUGCUCUCGCUCAUCUUCGUUGUCUUGGUAGCCGCUGGUGGUCUUAUAUAUGGAUAUCGAUCGCAGUUGACCGUGACCAUUGAAAAGGGGAUGACCAAGUCGAUCGGUGAUUACAAUAAGACUACGUCCGUGACGACAGGAUGGGAUAUUGUACAGCGAGCGCUGGACUGCUGUGGCGUAAACAACUACACCGACUAUGACGUAACCGCCUGGGAUACUCGCUCAGGUAUACUGCCAGACUCGUGCUGUGCCAACUCAACAGUUUCCUGCACAUCCGUGAACGUUUAUCAAAAGGGCUGCUUUGGUGGCACUCUAAGUCUGCUCUGGGAGAACUGGUACACAUGGGGUGGUGCCGCUAUCGGCAUCGGUUUCUCACUGCUUGUCAAUGUAGUUCUCACCUGUUGCUAUUACAGAGCACUGAAUACGUACGACUCAGUGUAGACCCAGUUGCGCUCACUGUUAUCAUCGUUUCGUCUUGGCGACACACUGCUACAUGUAUGUAGCCGGGAGUAGUAAAAUUCCGAUAUUUUACUACUCCCUGUUAUGUAGCGCGGUCGGUGAUCAUUCCAAGAGACCAACUCGUCCUGUCAUGGUUUCACAAAGUGUCCUGCGAAGACCACUACCGGUACAGGCACGGCGAGCUGCCACUACGAUUUAUUAGCAAGCCUCGUCUGCAUAUGGCGCUGGGCAGCAGAGUCCGCAGCUGUCCCUUGCCGUGAGCAUGGAUUAUCAUGGACUUUCAUGGUGUGUGUGUGUGUGUGUGUGUGUGUGUGUGUGUGCGUGUGUGUGUGUGUGUGUCGUAUAGCUGUUUGGAUUAAAAUCCUUUGAGACAGCGCUAGUCAUUGCCCAAGCCGCAUUCCCGGCGACUGACUCUGUUGUGCAGUAUUGCGCAACAUAUGCCUCUCUUUGUAUUUUUCUAGAUAUUCUGUAGAUGAGAGCUGUAGAUAUGGUCAUUGAAAUGGCCCGGCCUUUAUGCAAUUAAUUAUUUAUAGAUCAUUCAGAUGGCCCGGCCUCUAUUUAUGUUAGUCUCUAGCUAGGUCUUUGUCACGAUCGUAAUAUCUGCUUAUACUACUAUGUAGUUUGAGAGUUAAGGUACUUGAGACCUAAAAGGAAGUCUUGAGCGCCACCCGCACAGCUCUAUGUAUUCUGCGCGUGGUGCCCCGUAUGAAGGGCCGUAUCAGUACCUGCCUCAUGAUACUCUUGCUCAGCGGUGACGCAUGGGUGGUCUAUUGCUGCUGUACUUCAGAGCACUCCGUUUCCCCUACUAGUUGCCUGUCACCAGGCGAUGAGCCCGGUGACAGGCAACAUUUCCCAUGUUUGCUGGA